AAUAAUUUAAGCAGUGGACAAACUGCCACAUCCAUCUGUUGCACUCCAGCUGUGCCACAUUGAUACAUUAGAUCGAAGCAACACUAAUUGUUCUAGACACUCGAAGACUGGAUCGAUGUUGCCAAGAAAGUCCCCUGAAAUGGGUUAUGGGAGAAGGGAGCAGGAUGCAGAACUUUUGCUACGAAACGGGAUAGGUACUCCCCGAGACUGAUAGACAAGGGGUUAAUCUAGCAUGUUACUAUGCGAUAUCACGGAUUAAGACGGUAGCUUUGGACUGAAUGUAAGUUCAGUACUGCGCUGUUUUUCCUCGACCGUUGUUUUUAGGUGUGCUGCACCGUCCUCCUGGAAGCUUUGCUCCCCAUCCUCUCUUUUCUGGUUCAGCCAUCAUGCAUUUCUUUGGCACGCAAAAAUCCCUUGCGGGUUGUCUUCUUUUCAUCUUUACUCAUGUUGCCGCGAAUGGCGUUUCCAAUGUCAACCACGAAUCUCUUCCAGUUCACCGAGAUCUGCUGGAUUCCAGAGACGAGCCCACCGUGGCCGUAGCUCUGAAGGAAUUCGAAGAUGCAAACGAGAGGACGCCAGACUAUCUUCUCGAUGCCUGUCCUUCGAUAUGCUCAAAUUUCUCGUCAACGGCGGAAUGGUUCGUCUAUUCCGAUGCUGCUCGUCUAGGGCUAUGCAACAAGACGAUGCUGUUUGAGUUCGCCGUGUCACACGAUCUCGAGAGCAAGAACGACAAAACUGCAAUUAGGGCAUGUACUGCCGAUUUUGGCGUCACUGCCCCUGCCAAGCAAGACCUCAGCAUUGCAUCUCGUUGCAAAACUCCGAAUCAUGUUCAGAUAGACCUGCCUGUUAAGGUCUCAGGAAGAGGAGCCACUGGGGGCGCUCCAGAUAUUCUCGCAGCGACAACACAAAUAAACAGCUACAUCGCGUCUCAACCUAUUUCUUGCGACAACAACACCAUUUCUUUUGCCCAGUCUGGCAAAGCUGUGGUUGGUCUUUACUCCGGCAAGGAAGUCCACCAACAAGGUGUUACGGCUCAACUGCUCAACAGCUUCCAGCAGUACAUUCAAAAGAAUGGUGCAUCGGAGUCCCUGGUCGUUCAGCUCUGCAAAUCCGGCGGCCGUGGAUCUGACUACGCCAUUGGGCUUGUGGCGAGUCCGUCCGGAGACAUGUCGUUUGUGCAAAGUGCUGUCAAGGCCUGGAAUGACGGCGAAUGCGUCUCUGGCGUCAAUGAAGUGGCGACUUUGGCACAGCUAAAGUUCAAUGUCCCAGGGGUCGCGUCUGGAUCAGUCAAUGGAACACGCAAUAGUACCGAAAUCACCAAACGUUCAGUGGAACUCAACACCCCCCGCAACCGACUCGCUUACCGCGCCGAUUGCAGAACGACUAAAGUGCAAUCUGGCGAUGGUUGUUUUGCAGUCGCACAGCGAUGUGGAAUCUCUCAAGCCGAUCUCACAAAGUAUAACACUCGGACCAACUUCUGCGGCACAUUAGCAGUCGACGAAAUCGCGUGCUGUUCUUCCGGCACGCUGCCCGAUACGACCCCUCCAGCAAACUCGGACGGGACAUGCCAAACACGCAAAAUCGUGAGCGGUGAUACUUGCACGUCUCUGGCAUCAAAAUGUGGCAUUACUCCUGCACAAUUUACAAUCUUCAACCCCGACUCAACGCUCUGCUCGACUCUAGCACCCGGUGGUAUUGUGUGUUGCGGCAAAGGCAAACUGCCAGACAUCACCCCAAAACAGAACUCGGACGGCUCAUGCUUUGUGUACCAAACCAAAAAAGAUGACGAUUGCUCGUUGAUCGCAGCUUCCAAUGGUCUCAAGCCCGCCAAAUUAGAAGAGUUCAACAAGAACACCUGGGGCUGGAAUGGUUGCGGGAUUCUUUUUGUUGGUGUCAAUAUGUGCUUGAGUGCCGGUACUCCGCCUAUGCCAGCGCCAGUCUCGAACGCAGUCUGUGGUCCUACUGUCCCUGGGACGCAGAAGCCACCAUCCGGUACUAACUUAACUUCGUUGAAUCCGUGCCCGCUCAAGGUCUGCUGUAACAUCUGGGGCCAAUGUGGAACCACAGCCGAUUUCUGUGUCAUUUCGCCUUCGGAGAGCGGUGCUCCUGGAACGGCCAAGAAUGGCUCCAAUGGAUGCAUUGCCAAUUGUGGCAUGGAUAUCAUCUCCAGUAGUGCACCAGCUGAGAAGAUCAAGGUCGCCUACUUUGAAAGCUGGAACUGGAACAGAGAGUGUCUGCAUAUGCAUGUGGACAGUAUCGACACGAAGGUCUACAACCACAUCCACUUUGCAUUUGCCAACAUUACGACAGAUUUCCAGAUCGAUGUCAGCGGCGCUCAGGAUGAAUUCGACAGGUUCAAAGCGAUGAGUGGUGUCAAGAGAAUCAUAUCCUUUGGAGGUUGGGCUUUCAGCACCGAACCUGGAACAUUCAGAAUCUUGAGAGAAGCGACCAAAUCUGGCAACAGAGGCACUUUCAUAACGAACAUCCAGAACUUUGUUUCCAGCAACGGUCUUGAUGGUGUCGAUAUUGAUUGGGAGUACCCUGGCGCACCUGAUAUCCCUGGUGUUCCUCCCUCUGGCGACCCUAAGGAGGGAAUGGAUUACUACGAUACGCUCGUCGCCCUGAAGUCAAGGCUUGGAUCAGGAAAGUCGGUAUCCUUUGCAGCUCCAGCAUCUUACUGGUAUCUGAAAGCCUUUCCAGUCGAGCUCAUGGGCAAGGCCCUGGACUACAUUGUCUACAUGACUUAUGAUCUCCAUGGACAAUGGGAUUAUGGGAACAAAUGGACUUCUCCAGGUUGUCCGAAUGGCAAUUGUUUGCGUUCCCACGUCAAUCUCACGGAGACUAUCAACUCGCUGGCUAUGAUCACCAAGGCGGGUGUGCCUUCGAAUAAAGUCGUUGUUGGUGUUUCAAGCUAUGGCCGUUCGUUCAAGAUGGCACAAGCUGGAUGCACAGGUCCAUCAUGUCUCUUUACCGGCAGUCCCCUUGUCUCCAAUGCGGCCAAGGGUGAAUGUACCGACACUGCUGGUUACAUCUCCAACGCAGAAAUCGCAGACAUCAUUGCGGCCGGCGGAGUUCAAGAAUACCGAGUCGAAGACUCCGAUAUUCUUGUCUACGGUGGUGGUACAGAAUGGGUUGCAUACAUGAAAGAUGCCACUAAAUCUGGAAGAGAAGCACUGUACUCCAGAUACAACUUUGCUGGUACCACUGAUUGGGCUGUCGAUCUUCAGGCGUACACGGCCGAUGAGGAUAGUUCUGUGGAAGAGGACGAUCCGAAUUAUGGCAAGUACACGGAAAUUGUCCGGAUCCACGACAAGACUCAGUGCUCGUCGAAGUAUACGUCGUUGGACCAAAUCGAGAAGGAUGCCGAUAAGAUCCCUGCUGAUUGCAUGGCUUCUUACUUGGUCGCUGCUGAAGUCGCCAUGCUCGAUAGCUCUUUGAACUCUUAUGACUCUCUUAUCAAGGGUGGUUACGACAAGAAAUUUGCUGUCUACGAACGGGUGACAAAGGCCCAGAUUCCGUUACAGAUCUAUAAAUACAUGGGCGGCGCUCAAAAAUCUGGGUUCUUCGAGUGCACUGAGACAAAGAAUCAAUGCUGCAUGAAAGAUUGCUCAUCAGCAUUCGGCUGCGGUUCUUGCGUCAGCGGAGCAAAUUGCAAGUCCGGUCAGGUCCAAGUCAAAGUUGAUUGCCCAACCACCCUCGACUAUGACUACAUCCCAACCUUCGACGUCCAACCAGUCAUCACGUACAAAUGUACCAAUCUAGAUGGCUUUUACAAGGAUAUCAAUGACAAGUUUGGUAUUGACAAGAGUUGGAUUACAUGGGGUGAUCGUACGGUUUCGAUCCAGAAUGGAUGCCAGUUUCAAGGCAAAGAUGUCAAUGACUGUAUCAAGAAGACCAGCCAUUUCUGGUACAACUAUCCCCUCCCAGCCAGCAAGAUCGAGGUCCCCAACCCCAAAGACGUAAUUGGUAAAAAGUACGACGAGCUCCGCAGUCUCAAAACGCGUAUGGAGUCCGAGAACAAAAACGCUGAUAGCACCGGCGUCGCGCAACUCGACAUCGUCGAUUCUGGCUCCCUACCAGCCCUCAUGCUCCAAUACGCCAUCACGAAUAUGAACAAGAUCGUCGAGACCGCCAACGACAUAAUCGAGGCCGAGCGUAAAGAAAUGAUCCUGUCUUUCGUCACCGCCUUCCUGAUGUUCAUCCCCAUCGCUGGUGAAGUAGCUGGCGCAGCAGGCGGGACCUUACUCCGCACACUUAUCAAUGUCGCAGGAGAGCUAGGCAAUGUCGCUGUAGGGAUCUACGAGUUGGUUGAUGAUCCGAAGAAUGCACUUAUUACCAUCUUUGGGAUGCUGCUUGGUGGUGUGAGUUUGAAGCCGUUUAAGGAGAUUGCGGCGGCGAAGAGGGGCAUGAAGAAUGAGGAUUGGGAGAAGUUGGGUCCGAUUAAGAAGGACAUGGAUAGAAUUGAUGUGUUGAAGGGGAAAGGGAAGGGGUCGACGUGUAAGUAGGUGUAAUUGACCGAGGUAUGGUGAGAUUAUGUACAGGGAGAUGUCAUCACGACGAGUCUAUAUCUCAUUUGUAAAAGCACUACGUUUUGAGCUUGUAUCAGCUUGAAUGUUUGGAUAGAAUAAGGGAUUAAAUACGAACCGCGGUUCAAAAAGAA